GUUAGGUGGCGAUACUUGCUGCUGGGAACCAGGGGCCCGGGGAGCUGCAGAAGAAGACAGACCCACAGUCCCUCCACACUCUGCGGCUCUUUUCGCUCCAGUCUCUCGGUCGCGGAUGAAAAAGGGACCCACACUUUUUUUAACAGGAGGUGGAGUUCACGGCUUCAACUCUGGAGGAUUGUCCGAACGUCUGCUGGGAUGUUGACACGGAGCUGAACCCACACGUCCGCCGCCUCCGAUACAUGACAGCUCACACCACCAGUCAUGGAGUUCAACACAUGUGUUUCCUUGUGGAUAUUUUGCUUGUGUCUCGCUGGAGAAAGUUGGAGUGAGAAGACGAGCUCGCCCUCACCGGACAGUCCGGGCGAAAGUGGGGUUCCAGAUUUUUGUCGCAUCGAUGAGUCACUCUGCAAGGAUGAGAACGCCCUUCUCAGCUUUGAGGCCAUCCGUAGUAUCCACAAGCAGAUGGACGAUGACGCAAACGGCAAUGUAGAUGUGGCGGAGACAGACGGCUUCCUGAGAGAAGAUCUUAACUAUCAUGACCCAAAGGCCAAGCAUAACAGCUUCCAUGGGGAUGACCAGUUCAUCAGUGUGGAGGACUUGUGGAAUGCGUGGAAGGGCUCUGAAGUGUAUAAUUGGACAGUGGAUGAGGUGGUUGAGUGGCUCAUCACAUAUGUGGAGCUACCACAAUACAUGGAUGCAUUUCGCAAGAUGAAUUUUAAUGGCAGCGCCAUGUCAAGGCUUGCCGUGAAGAACACCACUCUGACACUCUCUAUUCUCAAGAUUUUGGAUCGCAGCCAUGUGCAAAAGUUGCAGCUCAAAUCCCUGGACACUGUACUGUUUGGACCUCCCCUGAUGAAUAGACAUAACCACCUGAAGGACUUCAUGCUGGUAGUGUCAAUUGUCAUAGGCAUGGGUGGUUGCUGGUUUGCCUACAUCCAGAAACGCUACUCGAAGGACCACAUGAAGAAAAUGAUGAAAGACCUGGAGGGGCUGCAGAGAGCUGAGCAGAGUCUGCAUGACCUGCAACAGAAGCUGCAGAUAGCCCAGGAAGAGCACCGCACGGUGGAGGUGGAGAAGGUUACACUGGAGCAGAAGCUGAGGGAUGAGAUCAACACAGCCAAGCAGGAGGCCCAGCGACUGAGAGAGCUGCGUGAGGGAACAGUGAACGAACUGAGUCGCCAGAAAUACGCAGAAGAAGAGCUGGACCAGGUGCGUAUGGCGUUGAAGAAAGCUGAGAAGGAGUUGGAGUCACGGAGCAGCUGGUGUCCACCAGAGUCUCUCCAGAAGUGGCUGCAGCUCACCCAUGAGGUGGAAGUACAGUACUACAACAUCAAGAAGCAAAAUGCUGAACGGCAGCUCCUGAUAGCCAAAGAAGGGGCAGAGAAGAUAAAGAAAAAGAGGAACACUCUCUUCGGGACUUUCCAUGUGGCUCACAGCUCCUCCCUGGAUGAUGUGGACCACAAAAUACUGGCAGCAAAACAAGCCCUGGGUGAGGUGACGGCUGCGUUGAGGGAGAGGCUUCAUCGUUGGCAGCAGAUAGAGAUCCUUACCGGCUUCACCAUUGUCAACAACCCAGGCCUGCCUUCGCUGACCUCAGCCCUCAACCUUGACUCCACCGUAAUGGGCGGCAGAGCCACACCUCUGCACUUCAUCAUGUCUGACGACAUGGACGACUUGGACGAGGAUAUCAUGCCCGGAACUCUGCAAUCUCCCAGUAUGAUGUCCCUGCGCCAACGCCACAUUGACCCCCAGCUGGCCAUGGGCUCCCAGAGGUUGGUAGAGAGUUGUCUGUUGGCGGGGCAGCAGGGAGAGGGAUCCCCAUACCCAUCCCGGUCUAGGGCCGCCCUCAGACAAGCACGUAGCCAGUCUUUUGGGCAGCUCGAUUGUCUCCCCCUGCCCCCUCUGUCCUCGGCUGUGUCUCAUCCCUCUAUCAUCUGUACCAGCAGCCCGAACCCCCAGUCCCUGUCGUCCUUCUCUUCUUCAUCCUCCUGUUUACCCAGCUCUUUGGGUGGUUGUGUAGCCCCUCAUUCCUCCCAUUUAUAUCACGCCUCUUUCCAGCCCAUGGACCCCAUUCCUGAUUUCACCUUCUCAGAUGUCUCCAAAGCUCACUCCUCGUGCAGCGACAGCCUCGGGGACCUGAAUCGUUCCGACUCUGACUCCUCCCUGUCACUCUCCCAAGUUGGUGAUCGACUUUCUGCCUACAGCUCCAAAGGCCACCUAAUCAAGCCCACUUCUCUCAUCCACGGCCUGUCCGGUCGCUCAGAGGAUGCCAUCUCACUGCACGCUCACACCCCGAACGGAGGGAACCGCGUACACGAGAGCAGUCCCGGUGAGCCCGUCAUUGACAGCCCCAUUCUCAUGAAGAAGGGCUACGGCAUGGAGGAGUCACUCAGCCUGGGAGAGAUCAACAGCCUGUCAGAGUCGUCCCGCUCCUUCAGCCCCAACUCCACCGAACCGGACACACCAUCACCUACAGGAGGGCAACUGGGGGCCAUAGGUCCAAAGGUUAACAGCCGCAUCCCACAGCUGUCCGCCAAGAAGAGCCCCCUGGAGGAGGACAGUGGUUCAACGGGAGAAGAAACAGAUUCCGCUGCCAGCCGCAAGAAACACACCUUCAAGAUCUUCAAGAAGCAGAAGAAAUAAGGGCUACAUGAACUGCAGGCUGUCAGAGCGGUCGGACUCUGGUCUGUUCUUGAAAAACAAAAGGUUUUGGUGUCGAAUGGUGAAAUGUUUUCACCAUUUGUUUCUGUUGCAUCUUUGAGUAGGUACGACACCUACUGUGAGAAACUGUCAAUGUUGAAUAAGUGGGGAUUGGGUAGAUUUGUACAUUGGAAUGUAAAGUAUUAUUUAUUCUGCAGGAAAUUGUGCCAGUCCAGAAAAACUGGUCUCCAAGUGGGUUUUUCUUUCUUGUUCUACAAUCUAUAACAUUUUGCAUGUCUUCACUUUUGUUUGAUUGAUACUCGAAUGCCCUUAGUGUUUGCUUGGUUCUCGUCGUCAACCUGCUUUGACUACACUUGAUGUUUCUUUUAUUACGAGCUAACCACCUAGCCUACGAAUCCAAAGUGAAUGCGCACUCUUUUAUUUUAGUACUUUGUUCUUAUUGAUGGUUACGACAUUUACUGUCUUUUGUUGUCGUCUUCUUGGCAGAGAAAAGGACUCAUUCUGCUUUCUGUCACUGCUGGAGUGUGGUAACAGAAGACUCAGUAGAAUAUAUUAUCAGAUUUCACUUUUGGCUGUCAGAAAAAGUGUUAAGUGUCGUUUGGAUUAACAUUAGUGUAAUAAUAACUUGCAGCCUUGGAUCGCACCCAAGAGCAGGGCAUUAUUGUCCACAAAAUAAAGUUGGAAGAGACGUUAAUCUCUCUGCACUGUUACAAAAGAAUCAAAUUGCAGCAUCAGACCUUUAGGGGUUUUAAUGUUUAGGGUUGGCAAGUGCUUUGCUGAAAUGUCCAGCAUAUAAACAAUGCCAAGGUUCACCACUGAUAAUUGAUUGGUUUAAGAGUGGUGUCCAGAAGUCUGAGUCUCAGACUUUUGUAUAUGUAAUAUUAAACAUUAAAAAGUGUUCAAAUGACGUGCUUGGAUGAAAAAAAACAGAAUUACCAAAAUGUUAAACAUAGAAUAUACUAUGAAAAACAAUAUCUGUAUUUUGUGUAUUUAACACAAAAUACUUGAAGCAUAUUUUUAGUUUCACAACUAUAAAAAAAAAAGCAAUUAUGUCUUUGUGUUUUUAGGAUACUCUUAAAAUCCAACAUUUACCUUUCAAAUGUUAAUUUGAUGAAGUUGAACUUUGAUUUUUGGCUCCUGUUACUCUGUUUUGUUUCUGUUUUAUUGAAUAUUCAGGUGGAUGACAUAAAAGGGGAUGCGCUGGUAAGGGCUAAAAUACAAGGCAUAAAAAAACGAUUUGCUCUGUAUGUGAUAGAAAUUCUCAAGUCGUCUCUCUGUAAUCCACCUUCUACAGUGCAGACAGUCAAUCAUGUCGAUGUGCCAAAUCUCCUUCUGUCAGUGGCCUUGUAUUUGGAGUGUGUUGGGCCACGUGAGCCUCCUUUACACAGAACACACGACCACGUGAUAUAUACUGUUUAUCCUGAGGUUAGACGCUGAAUGUCCAAGCGUACUCUGUCUGUAACAGUGUCAACAGGACGGUAUGUUUACAUUUGUUACAGGUAAUUCUUCUUCUCCAAUUAUGGCAGCGGAGAACAUUUUGCCAGUUUUGAUAUCGACAGCUUCUUAUAUAUGAGCACAGAACUAUGCAUCAGUAGUCGUAGGUGAUUUACUUCAGUAGUGCGGACACCAGUAGACUUAGGGUGCUCCCGAUUAACAAACAACCAAAAAGUGCUGCAGAAAACAGUCGGCCUACCCCAGCCUCAUAAUGUAACAGGUGGUUUGGAUGUACAAGACAAAAUAUUUUAUUUAAAGAAACCAUGUGAAAAAAUAUCAAUUUCCUAAUGGUACUUUUCUAAGGUGUCGAUUGUACCUCUUUUGCACGACAGCUGUAAAUGGAUUAUGCCGUCUGAAAGUGUGUGUGAGUGAGCGUGUGUCCGUCUGCACCCAGUACAAUGCACCGUAUUGUUGAUGCAUGUCAACUGCUAUAACAAAACCUAUAUUGGGUUAGAAGAGUGGAUCAGCUUAGGCUCUUUACUUCCCACCACACUUUCUGUCUCUCUUUCUUAUUUUUGAGCUUCUAUUUAUGGAAACAUACACGGUAUAUUUGUACAGAGAAAAUGAUCAUUUUGCAUCUUAUGUGAUGGUCUAGACUUUUAUGGAACUUCUGCAUGACAGCAAUAAACUAUUUUGAAUGAAA